UACAAGGCAACAGAAGCACAGGAACUGCAGAGUCAGAGCUGUUUGUCACUGCACUGCAGAGCUCACUGUCAUCUCCCUGCAGAGCUGUAUGUUAUGCAAUGCACAGCCGAGUUGUGUUCUCCCCAGCAACGUAAGGACACCUCCCUGCAGCUGAUCCCAAAGGCAUUUCCCUUCUGCACCGCUUUCUUAUGGGCAGCUGCACACCCAGGCUCCGCCUCUGCUGCACACACUCUCAAAGGUCUAUUUGCAAGACUGGACUUAUAGGAAAUGCUGCAUUGCUCUGCACUGAUAUAAGUCUGCCAUCUGUCUUCCCGUGCAAAAGUGACAGGACCCACGAGUGGCAUUUUACCAGAAUGAUUCUGCAAUCCCUUAAUUGUAUGUUGUUGCUGUCAAUGAGGACUUUGGUGCUGAAUGAAUGGGACUGACUUUAAGUGAGUAAGGCUCAUUUCAGAUGGAUGGCAGUUAUUAUAGUUGUACAGGGACUUUGGUUAAGGUCAUAAGGCCAUAUAUAUACUUACAAUAAGGUCCAUAUAGUAUCAUUAUGUACUCUCUCUGAGCUUAUCAAACUUCUGAGAAUUGUUUUUCUACUGGGUGUGCAGAGCAACUGCUGAAUUUACCAAAAGCAAUAUUCUAUUCUGUAUAAUGCUUGCCUAGGUCUGUUACCAUGCUCCCUUUAAAACGCCUUCUGCGCCAUUUCACUAUGCUUUCUGCCAACCUGUGUUCACAAAACUACAGAACAUGUUCCUCUACUACUGCCAGGAGAUUGCGGGUGCUGGUAGACAUGGAUGGGGUGCUGGCAGACUUUGAAGGUGGUUUCUUGAAGAAAUUCCAAGCUCGGUACCCUGAGGAACCCUAUAUUACACUUGAGGAUCGCAGAGGAUUCUGGGUAUCCGAACAAUAUGAACAUUUGAAGCCUGGGCUAGAUAAGAAAGCUACCAGUAUAUGGGAGGCAAAGAAUUUUUUCCUGGACCUUGAUCCUAUUGAAGGUGCAGUGGAGGCUGUGAAAGAGAUGGCAAAUUUGGCAAACACAGAUGUCUUCAUAUGCACCAGUCCCAUAAAACGCUACCAGCAUUGCCCUUAUGAGAAGUACUCCUGGGUGGAGGAGCAUCUGGGACACGACUUCCUUGAUCACAUCAUUCUGACAAGAGACAAAACUGUGAUCUCUGCUGACAUUCUGAUUGAUGAUAGACCUGAUAUUACAGGUGCAGAGCUGAGUCCAAGCUGGGAACACAUCCUCUUCACCGCCUGCCACAACCAGCACCUCUUGUUGACCGCUCCCAAGAGGAGGCUUCAAUCCUGGAGUCAUGAUUGGAAGGGUAUUCUGGAUAGUAAGCGACUACAGCUGAUGUCUGCUAGGAAUGAGCCCAUUAAUAAGAGCUGUGAGAUUAGCAAAUCCGAACACUCCAUUGUGUAAGGUCUUUUAUGUUUGGACCUUUCAGACACAGAGCUUUCUGAUUGGUCCAACACAACAAUACAUAAUUACAGCAUUUAUGAAGGAACUCUGCAUAGACUGCAAUGUUAAAAAGGGGAACAUUUCCUGUUCAGCUUAUUGGGCAUUUAAAGGACUUAGAUUUCAAAACAUAAAGUAAUACUUAAAGGGACACUGUACAAGAAAACAAAUCUACAACUCAUAUGAAUGAGCUGCAUUUAAACAUGUAGGCAUUUUUUGCCUUAAAAAAUAUUCUUUAAAAACUGUUUAAAUUUACACUUAAACUAUUAUACCAAUAUCACUCCCUACUAACACUCAGUGGCAUAUGUGUACUUCCUACUAAUACUCAGUCUGUAUCAACAGGAAGUACUUAUCAGCCAAUAAGCAUUAACAUGAAGUAGCUGACAACCAAUAAGCAUUAACAGGAAGUACCUAUCAGCCAAUGAGCAUUAAAAGAAAGUACACAUCAUACAGCUGUGUUAGUUUUAAUUCAAAUUUAUAAAGCUUUUUGCUCACAAACUUCUUCUUGCAAAAAAAAUAAAAAAAUACCAAAUUAAUAACAUGUUUUCUAUUUGGUAAACAGAACAAUUUUGAGUACAUUGUUACUUUAGACCUGUUACUCCCUAUGGGCUAUGUACUGAUUGCAGUCUGGCAUGCCAAGGGUUUUUUAAACAUACGCACAAAUUGUAUUAAAAAACAUAUUUUAACAUUAAAUGAAUAGGGUACGUACACUGUACAAGUUAGUAAAUAGUACCAAAAAUAAUACAAACUGUAUUUUCAAAAUAUUAGAUAAACUUCUAGAUCUCCUUGGUAAAUUUUAAUAUUUGACAAUCUUUUGCUGAUAAUUAUUUUAUUGUAUAUUGCUGUGAAACGACACAUUUUUAAAUAAAUAUUAAAAUGUAUUUCUGUUUGCUAUGUUUAAAUGAGGGCAAUUUAAAAAGUA